AUGAAUAAUAAUGACAUUAUAUAUUAGUAGUAAUAAGAAUAAAAAGAGAAAAAACCUUCACUUUUAGAAUAACUGUGCUCAUGCUUAUAUUACUUUCAAAAGAAAAAUGUCAAAAUAAAUGAAAGAUAUUAAUUAGGAAUUGAUACUCCCAAAUCUCAUGUAAGUUGAGUUAAAUUAAAUAUGAGACUAGAAAAAUCUGUGUUUUGGAUUUAGAUGAAACAUUAGUUCACAGUUAAUUUAAGGCAGAAAAUGGUUAUGAUUUUUUACUUGAUGUAAUAUUGUCAAAUAUGUUAGAUAAUUGUUUAAAGUCAAUUAUUUAAAGUAUUUGUCACAGUUAGACCAGGAGUAGAAGCCUUCAUGGAAUCUUUAAGUGAAUAUUUUGACAUUGUAUUGUGGACUGCCAGUUUAAAAGAGUAUGCUGAUCCUGUGAUGGAUAUCAUUGAUCCAUAAAGAAGGAUUCAAACUAGACUUUAUAGAGAAAGUUGUACUCCAAUUAAAGGAGGAUUAACUAAAAACUUAAAAAAAUUAGGAAGAAGUUUAAAGGAUGUACUUAUUAUAGAUGUAACGCAAUUUUAAUUUAAAAGAAUUCCUUAAUGUCAUUUGUAUUUUAACCAGAAAAUGGUUUUUUAAUAAAAGACUUUAUUUCAGAUAAAGAAGAUAAAGAAUUAGAUUAAUUAUUACCAUUCUUAAUUUGGCUUAGUCAAGUAAUUAAUUUAUCUAUUAAGUAAUCUGAUGUUAGGCCUGUUUCAAAAUUAUAUUAAUAAUUUAUACUAAAUAACUAAUAUACACGUAAAAGUUCAAAAAAAUCUAAUCUUUCAUAAUCUAUGGUUUUGAAUUAAGAUAAAAUCUUAAAAUAACUAGAUAUUCCUAGAACUCAUACAAUGAAUCAUUGUGACUUUGAGGAAAUAGAAUUGAGAUAAGAGGCUGGUCUUAAUUCCCCUCAUGUUGAACUUAAAAUGUAGGAUUAGACAGAUGAUGAAAGCAAAGAAACAUUUGAAAUCAGUAGUAAUUGUUGA